CGCUAGAGGGGGGGGGUGCUUUUGUUGAUUCCUCGGGGACCUCUUUCUCUCUCUCUCUCUCUCUCUCUCUCUCUCUCUGUGUCUCAGAUAGCCAUGCUCGAUCCCUUUGCACUUCCUGAUUAUUUAAGAUUUUAGCAUUCAGGUUAUGAUAGCUUCCGUUAACCGCAAACCAGCGAGCAGAAGCUCAUCCCCAGCUCUCGGUUUCCCUCGCCCCAGAUUCUUCCGAUACCGGCGUUUGAGGUAGAAUCCGGAUUUCUCCGUUUGUGUACUUUUUAUUAUAUUAACAUAUCAUGUCGAGUUCGAAGAGCCAUCGGAGAGGACAAGAGGAGAAGAACCGGAGGGGCAAACUGACUCAUAAAUCGUCCUCGUUUCACGGGCAGAUUCCGGCACCUAUAACGGCGGAGCUUCGCCGGCCGAAAACACUUCCGGAGUUGCUCUCCCACAAGAGCGUGAUCGGACCGACGUCGCAGGAGGGACGGCCACGGCUGACGAAGCUGCUACUGAACGUGACGAUUCAGGGGAGCCUGGGGCCGGUGCAGGUGGUGAUGAAUCCGGAAUUGACUGUCAGCGACCUGAUCUCUUCGGCAGUUCGGAUUUACGCGAAGGAGUGCCGCCGGCCGGUCUUAUCGACCACCGACCUUUCCAUGUUCGACCUCCAUUAUUCGCAGUUCAGCCUAGAAAGCUUGGAUAGGGAGGAGAAACUGAUGGCACUGGGAUCGAGAAAUUUUUUUCUGUGCGUAAAAAAGACCGAGUUGGACGGUGGCGCGACGACGCCGUCUCCAUCAUGUUCCAAAGAGGCGGAAAAAGCUUCCAAGAGUACCGGCGGCUUUGCUUGGCUCAAGUUCAUGGACUCCCUGCUGUGAUUGGCUAAUGGCUAAUAUCUGCUGCUACUGCCACCACCCGAUUGUUCCUAUUUUCUUUUUUCUUUUUUUCAGGUGUUUUAAUUGUCAGUGUGAAAUCAGAUAGUGGUUUUCCAGAUUUUUGGAUAAAAACAUUUUCAAAAAGCGUGCAAAAUUAUUUGCACGUCUCUUGGUCAUUGUUCCAACCUUUGUUGAUCAUUGUUCCAAACCUUUGUUGUUAUUACAGAUAAAUCCUAAACAUUUGGAGCUUGUAAAUAUGUAUAAACUUUGGCCCAUUUCUCAUCUUA